AACAUAGAAAGAAAGUUCUUAGAAUAAACGGAGAAAGCAACGCUACCUGAUUCCGUUGGGGUAUUACUGUUUCUUGUUUCUUCAAAUUCAAACCCCCAAACUUGAAUCUCUCUCUCUCUCUCGAAAUUCUUAGCAUAAAUUGCAAAAUACUGAAUCGAAAUUGAAAAGCUUCCAAGUUGUUGAAGAAACAAACAAGAAUGGGUCAAGUUUUUCGGAAGCUCUUUGAUACUUUCUUUGGCAACUCUGAGAUGCGAGUUGUGAUGCUUGGUCUUGAUGCUGCUGGCAAAACAACUAUACUCUAUAAACUUCACAUUGGAGAAGUUUUAUCUACCGUUCCCACAAUUGGUUUCAAUGUGGAGAAAGUUCAGUAUAAGAAUGUUGUUUUUACAGUUUGGGAUGUUGGAGGGCAAGAGAAAUUAAGGCCACUUUGGAGGCACUAUUUCAGCAACACUGAUGGUCUGAUUUAUGUUGUUGAUAGCCUGGAUCGUGAGAGAAUAAGUCAAGCAAAGCAGGAAUUUCAGGCAAUCAUAAAUGACCCGUUUAUGCUUAAUAGUGUCAUAUUGGUGUUUGCAAACAAACAGGAUCUGAGGGGGGCAAUGACGCCAAUGGAAGUAUGUGAAGGACUAGGUCUCUUUGAUCUAAAGAAUAGAAAAUGGCACAUACAAGGCACUUGUGCCCUUAAGGGAGAUGGCCUUUAUGAGGGCUUGGACUGGUUGUCUUCAACUUUGAAGGAGAGAGAAGCAGCUGGAUCAGGAACCUCAUCCUUCUAAUUGUCAAGGUAUUUUGGUGCAUGUCAUUGACGAACGAACAUGUAGAGUUUGGGCAGUUUCAUUCAAGAAUGCUGUAUAAUGUAGGAAAUUUUUAGUAUAAACCCAGAUUAUGUAAAUACUAGAACAUAACAUGUUCAAUCAUGAUCUAUAUACAAAAUUAAGUUGUAAUUUGUAUAUCUAGAAUGAAAGAUGGACCCAUCUUCCUGUUAUAUGAUUAUGAGAGUUCUGAAGGAAA